CCGAGCCCGAGCCCGAGCCCGAGCCGGAGCGCGAGCCGCCGCCGCCGCCGCCGCCGCAGCGCUCGGGAGCUGUCCGCGGUGCUGAGCCGGGGGUGCCGCAGGGGCCGCCGCCGACACAGCGCUUCCCAUGUGCAUGCAGUAUGCGCCUGCCCUGGAGGAUGGAUCACUGCCUCAUCUACAUCAACGCCUCGCUGCUCUUCUGCUUCAGCUACGCCAGCCUCUUCCUGGUGGAAGCAGAUAGCCCCUCUGCUCCAGUCAACGUUACAGUCAAACAUCUGAAGGCCAACUCAGCUGUUGUGACCUGGGAUGUUCUGGAGGAUGAAGUCGUCAUUGGAUUUGCAAUCUCCCAGCAGAAGAAGGACGUGCGCAUGAUGCGCUUCAUCCAGGAGCUGAACACCACCACGCGCUCCUGUGCCCUCUGGGACCUGGAGGAAGACACCGAGUACAUCGUGCACGUCCAGUCCAUCAGCAUCCAAGGCCAGAGCCCAGCUAGCGAGCCCGUGCUCUUCAAGACUCCCAGAGAAGCUGAGAAGCUGGCCUCAAAAAAUAAAGACGAGGUGACAAUGAAGGAGAUGGGGAAGAAGGACCAGCUUCGAGCAGGGGAAAUUCUCAUCAUUGUCGUGGUGUUGUUCAUGUGGGCAGGGGUGAUCGCCCUGUUUUGCAGGCAGUACGACAUCAUCAAAGAUAAUGAACCCAAUAACAACAAGGAGAAAGCCAAGAGCGCGUCUGAGAACAGCACUCCUGAGCACCAGAGCGGAGGGCUCCUGCGCAGCAAGUUUCCAAAAAAUAAGCCCUCCGUGAAUAUCAUUGAAGCGUGACAGCCUGCCAUCAGCAGAGGGACUGCAUUUCCCACUCUCCCUCUCUGCCUGAGCCCUGAGGACAUGGAAGGUGAAGUAUUGUUGGAGUGGUCUGGAAAGAGGCCUGUUGGAUGCCAACAUCUGGCAUAAAACUCCUUUUCCUCGCUCUGCAAGGACAUCCGGAGAGAAAGGACAAACUUGCAAAAAACAAAAUCUUCACUGUCUCGGGGGAGAAAAGCUUCUGUGAAACUGAUGCCUCCGGUGAUCCUACCCAGGACUAACAGCUCACCCAGGCUGUGACAGAUCUCCAGUUGCAUCCUCCACCCUCCCUCUCCAUCUCCCAGAGCAAAUCUCCUCUCUUCGGGAACGUACAGGGGUUCAUCCCACUUUUGUUCUGUUUUGCUGUCGCCACGUUUCAACAGUGCUGACAUGGGCUCAGGCAUCACUCGCCACAUCUCCGCUUCGGAGUGACAAGGGGAGAUGAUUUCUCUCUAGAUACAAGCAGCAGCGAGGACCUGGGCUGCUGUGAGCUCUGCUCUCGCUCCCUCCCAUUCACGUUUGUUGUGUAACCAGUUUUGCAGGUGGGUUUUUAAGAAAAAAAGCAAAAUCACAAAAAAAAGGCACCCGACAGUUUCCACCUGGAUGAUCAGGACUGCUCUCCACUAAGGAAAGAGCUCGUCUCCACUCCCGCUGUCUCUCUUACCCCUCGCACAUUGUUACUGGCCUGGGAAAAUCAGGGUGGAAUCCCAAACGGUGCAGCCCAGCCCAGCCCAGCCCAGCAGUGACAAGGGACCGGAAGCUGUUGUCUUGCUUCCAGGAUAACUUGAAUCCUUUCUCCAUGGUGUUUUACAGCUGGGUCUGACUGAAUCCACCAACAGCAGGAAAAACGGUCCAUUAAAAAUGUAGCCAGUUAGCAAAAAAGAAAAAAAGUCAUGAUAAUAAUGGUUGCUAUGCAAGGUUCUCAGUGGUGACAGGUAUCUCAUUCAUGCUGAAGGGUCUCUGCCUUACAGUGGCUCAGCACCUGAUUCUUUAACAAGCUGCUUCUUCAUUGGGUCCAGCGCAUAGGUCUGGUUCUCCCUCCGUCUCGUCUCCAGGAUUCAUGGAGACCUUGUAUUGCCAGGUAUCGGUUAGAGCUACUUCAUAGCUUGAGGAAAGCGAUAAGAGGAAGGAGAGAGUCUCCUGUCCUUUAAUAACCACUUAACAUUUGCAAUGUGACAGGUUCCCUCCAAGUGAUGGUGCUUUGGGGGCUGCUGGGUGCAAGGCUGCCAAACGGAAGAGGUUUACUAUCUGGGUUUUGCCAUCAGGCUUCUGUACUUAUUCAGUCACACCCCAAGGCUGUUCCAUACAUGCGGGAGGACGAGAGGGGCUUGUCACUGCCCUGUCAAAGCAUGACUUAAAUCUCCCGGUCGCAAGCCAACCUGCAGUCAGGUUCAAAAGCUGCUGCAGAGAAACCAGCAGGCAGCUGCUGAGUUCGGACCCCUUCACCUGCCAUAGCCAUCAGCCUCUCCGAGGCCGUCGAUCUGCACAGGUGGUGUGGGGAAGUUUGCACGCAGAAGCUUUUCACAGACAAGCUUAUUUCAGAAGGUAGAGGAGCCCCACACAAUCCUGUACACUUGAUCCUCUGCAGAAAGACACUCCUCCCACCACCUAAACAGUGAGGUCAAGGCCUCUGACACAGCUAGAGCAAUAACCACUUUUAAUGUACAGUAAUAGAUUAAAGGCACAUGUCAUUUCCUUGUAAAUACCUGAAUAUAGCAACGUUUCCUUUUGGUCUGCUGUGGCAGAGUAUAUGAAGCGAAAUACAGGGACUUUCUAUCUAGAUUCCUGGGAUUAAGAAGGUGGCUAAUUUCUCCCUGUCUGGUUUUUAGGGAGCAGUGAAAGUUCAGUAAAUGGGGGGUGAAGGGAAGGAAAAAGCUGCAAAACAAGUAGAGCUACAGCUUUGCUUAGGCAGUAGCUUCCUCCAGAAAUGUCUCAGUUAUCUUAUAAUAAAUGGCAGUCAACAUCUAUAGCUUGCCUAUAAAGGGAGAUUUGGGACAUAUGGUACAGCAUGUGCAAAAUGAUGAAGGAGAAGCUCUAUCGUAACCUGCGAGCAGCCUGCCAAAUGAGCAGACCCUACUCUCCAAGCUGCCUACCGGCAUGGAAAUUCAGCCUGGGGGGGGAUGUUGGCAGGUUCGGGGUUGUUUUAAAGAGAUGUUUCAGAAAAUUCAGAUAACAUCCCUGAUUUUUUGACAGUAAUCAUUGUUGUCUCCUGGUGACGGGUUCUGGCUAUUUCUAUUCCAGCAGCAACCCGCUCGCUCACCUUUCGUUAGGCAGAACUAACAGGAGGCAGAGCUGCUUGUUCAGAGUUAAGUAUUCACACGGUGAUGUGGCAGGUGGUAAAAGGGUGCAUCAUUAUGUUCCAUAACUGCAGGCUUUAAAGGUAAGGAAUAAUGCUAUUAGCGAGAAAAACAAAUGCUGGCUGGAAGCAACUUGACUCAUAGCAGAGAGGAUUUCCAAGCUUUCACAAGCAGUCGACUCUCUUCAGGGAUGUUUUUAGGAACUGUAACAUGAAGGGAUGUAAUAGGAAUAUACUUUAGGUAAAGAGGGGAGAGAGAGACAGAGACUUAGGGUAACAUUUUCAGAUGGGCCUAAGGCUUUGAUCCUCAAAGGUAUUUAAUUGCCUAAAUCCAUGAGAAUUAAGUCUCUAAGUAGCUUUAAGGGUCUAGCAGCAGUGACUUAGGAUCGUAACUCUUCUCUUCUUUCAGUGUGUGUGUGGGUCCUCAGUCACAUAGGUGCUUUUCAGUAAGGAAAGAGACACUGCUUUCCAAGAAACAAAUCGACAAGUGCUGAAAACCGGGUAUGACCCAGGUCAGAGAUGGUCUUAAAGGAUGCCCAUGUUUUGCUUGACCGCUGAUUCUCAGCUAUGUGCUGGAGGCCAUCACGCUUGGUGCAAGUUUUACUGAAAAGUGAGAAGUGAGUGGGAGUGUGCUGGUUCGAAAGCGUUUCCAGAGAGCCUCAAUGAGAACUGAUUUUCCACUCAACGCAAGAUCAAAGCACAGCAAACAUCCAAGCAGCUCUGCUGAUGGCGUGCAGUCACUGACGACUAAUUCAGCUGAUUUCCAGGAACCAAUUAAGCAGAGGCUAGGUGCACAAUAAGGAGCGAGAGAGAGAAAACAGGAUCCCUGCGCCGGCGUACGUUUAAAGUUAAGCACCACUUGCCUUUAUUCAUUAAAGCACAAUAAUCUUGCACCUGUAUGCACCAAUUUAGCACCAAUUUAGUCAAUAUAUUCCUCCCCCACAUGCUCUAGUUCAGAGAAACUGAGCCACAGGAGGCGAUGUGGGGCAAACAAUCCAACUCAGCAUGCCCCUCCAAUUCAGUACACUAAUUGCUGUAGCUUUCCUACUCACUUCCCUCUGUUCCCUAAGAAAUAGCACAAACUCUGUUCCCCUGCUUCUUUGAGAGAAAUGAGAACAUCAAGUAUUUCAUCCACUGACAGUUCAAUAGCAUCGGAGGAGAAAACACCUACACGCUCGAAAGUGUUAGUAUAAUCUCAGCUGGUAAUGGCUUUCUGGAGGAGAUGUAAAUGGAGAGAAAUGGAGACUGUUAAUGCUAGUAUUUGCCUAAGACAUUAAAGGUUAUGCCACUCUAAAGUGUGCAUCAUAGCCGCACAUCCAUUUCCAAGAUAUCAAAUAUGGCCCUUCAUUGAUUGAAUAGUCAGACAUGAGAUCCUAACAAGGAAGGAAUGAAGAUUACCCCAUAUGUUCAACCAAAUGUAAUUUCCCAACAUUUGCAAUAAAUCUUACUCUCUCAGUAUAACGAGCUAUUAUUGAUUUGCCAAUAUACAGAUCACUGACGGGCAGGCAAACUAACCAAAUUUGGUAGAUUUCCUAGCGCUUGUUAACGAACUGUUCCGAUCAGCAAAGGGACUGUGAAAACACUGUUUCCUCUACAGAUCUGUUCUUGGUUUGUGUUCAGUUAUAUCUGCCAACCUUAUAGAUUAAUGGAAGCAUGUUCCUAUUCUUCUUGGGCCUUUUAACCCACACAUUUAUGGGAG